AUGCCUGACGUGAAGGCCAAAACUGCGCUUAAGAACAAGAUUCCCGUUGUGAUCGAUUACGCUGCUACUGUCAUGGAUCGUACGCUAGGCGUCACGCUGUCUCACGAGGACGGACACGCUGUAUACAGCGGGAAUGCCACAUGCCACGAUUUGUCCUCCCGUGGCAGAUCCCGUGAUAGGCCAAAUGGAAGUUGCCGUCCAAUCAUAAACCAGGGUACCAAACCAUCUGCCAAUGCGAUUGCACCGUUCCUGUCGCUUCAGAUGUGGCACGUGUCGGGCACGCGCUUGACGCGCGCCGAGCGCAACAAAGCGGUCAAGUUCCCAGCUCAAGCUUUGACAGGAGGAACGGAGCAUGCGACGGGGUUGCCGUAG